GCGGACGCUGCUGCUGCAUCAGCUUGAAUGAAUGACGUGGAUUUUCUCCGGUUGUAAGCUGUGCCUAGCUGCGCGCUGAUCAGACCGAGCUCCGGGCUUCAUUCUGCGGAUCUGCGCCUCUCUGAGCUGGGCCUGGAGUUACACAGCAGCGCUGCGAGAAUGAGUAAAGUUAAAGUAGAGAAUCUGAGGGAGAAGGUGGAGGGGAAUGAGCUGGACCUCAGUCUUUCCAACCUCACAGAGGUUCCAGUCAAGGAGCUGGCUGCAGUUCCUAAAGCUACAGUUUUGGACCUGUCCUGUAAUAACCUCACAACUCUCCCUCCUGAAUUCUGCACCCUGACGCACCUGGUGAAAGUUGACCUGAGCAAGAAUCAGCUAGUCAGCCUUCCUGAGGAAAUAGGUCGACUCAGCAACCUUCAGCAUCUGGAUCUCUACAACAACAAGCUGGUCAGACUGCCUCUCAGUUUCUCACAGCUGAAGAGUCUGAAAUGGCUGGAUCUGAAGGACAACCCAUUGGAACAGUCCCUCGCCAAAGCUGCAGGAGACUGUCUGGAUGAGAAGCAGUGCAGGCAGUGCUCUACGAAGGUUCUCCAGCACAUGAGGUUUCUGCAAGAGGAAGCAGAUAAAGAGCGAGAGCGCCGGCUGCUGAAAGAGAGGGAACAGGAAAAGAAGAGAGAAGCCAAGCAGAAGGAGAAGGAAGCCAGAGAAAGAGAAGCACAGAAAAAGAAGAAGGCUGAAGAGAAGGAGAGGAAGAGGAAGGAAUACCAGGCACAGAUGGCUGCACUGGCUGCACAGGAACAACAGAAGAAGAAGAAGGAGGAGAAGAAAAAGAAAGCCAAUCAAAAUCAAGAUAAAGAAAAAAAGAAGGCCUCAGCCAGUGUUCCUCCCUCAAAGUGUUCCCUGUGCUCCCGGCUCUUCUCCUGGUUCCUCCGGCUGCUGCUCCUGCUCAUCGUCGGAGCUGCGGCAGUAAUAGCGGUUUGUCAGGCGACCGAUUUGAGGAAAGAAGCUUUCUGUGCGCCCGUUAAUCUGUACGUACAUGAAGCGCUGAGCUGGGCUCAGGACCUGGAGGUAGUGCAGCAGGUCAUUCAGAAAAUCUCUGACCUCCAAGCAUGAGAACUGGGUCGGUCAGAGCGAGGCUCCUGCCUCUGUCCUGCCCAGGGUUCAGCCUGGAUAACGAGGGGCCAAGGCAGGAACCUUCUGGUGGAUAUUCCUACGGAAUAUUGAUGUUCCCGUGUUUCUGUCUAUCUCUCUUUUUGUAAAUCUUGGCAUGGUUAGCCUGUACAGGCUAAUAUAGAUCGAGUCCUGCUCUUCUGUCUAAUGAGUCAAAUUGCCAAAACAACAGAACCGGGGAAGUAGACUUCAGGUCUAAGUGGCUGCGUCGCUACUGAACAAUGAAAUUUGUCUUUGCUGCCUUGAAAUGUGACCUUUGGCGCCUUAUAUUAUACCGUGCAUAAAAGUCCUAUAAUAAAACAAAACCAGUCGCUUAAUUUGAAGCAUGCCUCUCUAUUUAUAGUUGUUUAGAAGAAAUGAAAGAAUGAAUGAAUCAAUCAAUCAAGGCAUCAGCAAUCCUUGAUCAGGCCUGAACGGAUGGCAUUAAAACGUACACGCAGUGUGUGUGUGUGUGUGUGUGUGUGUGUACAGGCUGUGCCAUCUCCCGAUCCAUCUCACCACGGAGAACAAACGCAACGCACCAGCUUAACUCGCUGCAAAUUAAAACGUACCUUGCUAAGUCUCGAGCUCCUUUUCAUGUGUUUAAUUUGACAACAUUUGUGCUGUAAUCUAGAACUCCAGAGCGUCAGGAAGCCCGGCUAACCAGGAAGCGUCUUCCACGGAACCGUAUAACCAAAUGGAUGUAAUUUGUAUACAUUUGUACAUUUUUUAAAAAUGGAUUUUAAAUGUUGUUCUGAAAACUGUAUUUUCAUUCAGGGAGGUUAACAGCAUGAAUAAAUGUCACCAUGUUGAACAAUG